UCGGAAUGCUUCUGACCCUAACUGAAGCUUUUGCGAAGUACGCUGUACUAAGGAUGAAUCAGCAAAAAAUUCAAACAGUCAGAGAAAAACUCUUGGAUGAACAGUAUCAUUACCAAUCAUGUGGAUCUUUCCAACCUGGAAAAAUGUUCAACGACUCGAAGUCUUUCUGUAGAAGAAUUGUUAUCACCACAUUCAGUGUUUACUAUGUUGUAGUAGUCACAGCCAGUACUUCAGUACUUGUUAAAUUGAACAAAGAAUCGGAGAAAAUAUAUUUUCAAGGAAACAUAACUUGCCACGAUUUCCUACCAUACUCUUUUGUGAUUCCUUUUCCAACACCUACAGUAGCCAGUUGUAAAUAUGCGCUGGUUUUCAUGGAUGCGGGUUCCUGUAUUCUUGGAUCUUUUCUGGCUUCUUACGACACCACAUUCACUUCGAUUUUGAUUUGUGUCAAAACUAAAUUACAAAUUUUAUCUGAGGCAUUCAAAACGAUCAGAGUGAGGGCACUGGCAAAGUUGAAUCUACCACCCAAAUCUCAGUUGGAAGCAGUUGACAGUCAACUUGAAGAAAUACUGUAUGAAGAAAUUAAACACUGUGCCAAACAUUUGGACUCGUUGUUGAGAGUUUGUGCCGAAACCGAAAAUAUAUUCAAGUACGUAACUUUAUUACAAAUGCUGGACUCACUACUCGUAAUGGCAUCAUGUCUAUUCGUCGCAUCGCUCAUAACUCAAUCAGAUCCCGAUUUUUUUGCAAUGGCCCAAUAUAUGCUUUCUGUAUUAACCCAGCUACUGAUGAUAUGCUAUUUCGGGAAUGAGAUUACAGAAGUGAGUUCCACUCUGAGUUCAUCUCUAUAUCAGAACAACUGGAUAGAUUGUAGUAAGAGGUUUAAACAAUGCAUGAUAAUAAUGAUGUGCCGUAUGCAGAAGAAACUGUCUAUGACUAUUGGAAAAUUUUCUCCGCUAACAUUGAACACAUUUCUUUCUGUCGUAAAGGGAUCUUUCUCUUAUUGUGCAGUAUUUCAACAAGUCAAUAAGUAGUGAUGAGAAUAAUAAAGCUUUUAUUGAGGAAAUUGUUCUUAGUAAUAUAGGUUUCUAGAAAGUGCAAUAAAUCUUGUAUUCAUUAUUUUUGCAAUAAUCUGUCUUCUAGUGGAUAGAUGCAUACAAACUAACACAGUAACACAUUCAUAUACUUUUUUUCAAAUAAAACUCGUAUAUAAAUAAAAUAAUUGAAAUGAA